UUCGACUUGGCUUGUGGAAAAGUUGGAAAGUAUUAACAAAACAAACGUUAUUUAGCUUUAAUUUGGUGUAAUACAACUCCCGAUGGCACGCGAAACAGAAUCAGAUGGAUCAGGUUCGGAAUCGGGUUCUAGUCGCAGUAACAGCAGGAGUAGAAGUCGCAGCGGAACUCCUCAGGUAGCACCAACACCAGGAUUUUCCUUAGAACAUCAUGAUUCUCGCUCCAACUCCCCCAAUCAACACUCUCGGUCCGGUACACCGCCGCAGAACAGAAGUCGUUCAAAUUCGCCCGGUUCUCAACGUUCACGGUCGGGUUCCGGUGCAAGGUCCCGUUCAGGCAGUAGAUCUCCCACUCCAGGCAGUGCUCAGAAACGACAGAGUAGAUCACGCAGCGGAUCCGGAUCGCCGGCCGGUUCCCACCGAUCUGGUUCCGGUUCGAGGCAUUCCCGUUCCCGGUCACGAUCCCGCUCACAGGGAUCCGGUAGUGGAAGGUCCCGUAGCGGCACACCACAAAACCGUUCGGAAAAGGGCACGCCCGUGAAUAGAUCGCGCAGUGGAUCGGCCGCAUCGGGAUCACCUGGCUCGGGAAGGAAAUCCCGUUCCCGUUCGCGCUCUGUUCGUUCCGGCUCAGCACGUAGUCGUUCCGGAUCUGUACAAUCACCGGUGAAUGAAAAACGAAAGCGUGCCGUACUGAGUGAUUCCGAAUCGGACGAUGGUGCCAAGAAGGAGGCGAAAAAGAAGAACAAACUUAUUGACACGGACUCGGAGGAAGAGGCCGGUUCGGGGAAGGAUGGUGCAGCGAAGGGAAAGGAUGUAACGGCCGAUGCACUGUUUGGUGAUGCGGAUGAUAUUAGCUCGGAUGAAGGUGCCGGUGACGAGUCUGGCCGGGAGCGGGACGAGCUGGACGAUUUGGAGGAUGAACAACGCAAGCAGAAUCAAGCUAGGGAUCGAUCAAGGGAACGGUCCCGCAGCCGAAGCCGCAGUAGAAGCCGUGACAGUGAUCGCCGUUCGUCAGAUGAAGAAGGCAACCGAGAUCGAUUGGCCCGGUGGGAGGAACCGAAAGAGCCGGAACCGGAACCGGAACCAAUUCCGGAAACGCGCAUUGAUGUGGAGAUUCCUCGUAUUGUGACGGAUCUCGGACGGGACAUUCAUUUCGUGAAGCUACCCAAUUUCUUGUCCGUGGAGACACGCCCAUUCGAUGUGGACACGUACGAGGAUGAAAUCGACGAAGAGGAAACGCUCGACGAGGAAGGUCGUCAGCGGUUGAAGCUGAAGGUGGAAAACACAAUCCGCUGGAGGAACAACAUUGACCGUCAGGGGACGGCACAGCGCGAAACAAAUGCUCGAUUUGUCAAGUGGUCCGAUGGCAGUAUGAGUCUGCACCUUGGGUCGGAAAUUUUCGACGUGUACAAACAACCGCUGCAGGGCGAUCAUAACCAUCUGUUCAUCCGACAGGGUACGGGUUUGCAGGGUCAGUCCGUAUUCCGCACGAAGCUUACCUUCCGACCGCACUCGACCGAAUCGUUUACCCAUCAGAAGAUGCUCAUCUCGUUGGCCGAUCGUUCGCAGAAAACGUCCGGCAUCAAAAUUCUUACCCAGGUCGGAUUUGACCCGGACGCGGAUCGCAAGCAGAACCUCAAGAAGGAGGAAGAGAAGCUACGGAUGGCAAUGCGUGCCAAACAGACGUCUUCGAAACCGAAGCGCGGACGAGAUUCGGGUGCGAACGCUGGCAACGCGUACCACCACGAUGAAGGUUCGGAUGAUGAGGGUGGCAUAUCGAUAGCGGCCAUUAAAAACAAAUUCAAGGGUGACAAAGGAAAGGGGACCAGUGGGAAAGGGAACGCUGGCAUUUACUCGUCCGACGAGGAAGGCUCGGAUGUGGAAACGGGCCGACGGAAGAAAAAUAUUGACAAGAAAAAGGCGCUUAAAUCGUUGGCCGAUUCGGAUGAUAGCGAUGCCGGGUCGGGAUCGGAGGAAGGUUCACGCGGAACCCGGUCGCGUUCUAAUUCGGGCUCCGGAUCGGGGUCGGGUGGUGAAGGAUCCGGUAGCGAGAAGAGCGGCGAAGGGGGCAAUCGUUCUGAAGGAGAUAGUGAUGAAUAAGGAACACGCCACAAAACAAUGGCCA